GUGUAUAAAAUAGUAGGAUAGAUAGGAAAGACAACAUCCACUUCCUAGGCCAAGGAAGAUAGAGAGAGGCUCAAACUCCGGGCAGCCAUUGAGAAAGCUCGUCUUCCAGGAAAGUGGAUUGAGAAAGAAAGGAGAAGAAAUAUGGGGAGAGGAAAGAUUGUGAUCCGGAGGAUUGACAACUCCACCAGCCGCCAGGUGACGUUCUCAAAGCGGAGGAACGGGCUGUUGAAGAAGGCCAAGGAGCUCGCCAUCCUCUGCGAUGCCGAGGUUGGACUCAUCAUCUUCUCCAGCACUGGCAGGCUCUACGAUUUCGCCAGCACCAGCGUGGAGUCGGUUAUAGAACGCUACAAGAAGACCAAAGAGGAGCAUCAUCUCGUUAUGAAUGCAAAUUCAGAGGCUAAGUUCUGGAAAAAGGAGGCAGCAAGCUUGAGGCAGCAACUGCAUAACUUGCAAGAAAGUUAUCGGCAGUUGAUGGGCGAAGAGCUUUCUAACCUAGGUGUCAAAGAUCUACAAAAUCUAGAGAACCAACUAGAAAUGAGCCUACGUGGUGUCCGAAUGAAGAAGGACCAACUUUUGAUCGAUGAAAUUCAAGAGUUAAACCGAAAGGGGAAGCUUAUUCACCAAGAAAAUAUGGAACUGUACAAGAAGGUAGAGCACAUUCAUCAAGAAAACAUGGAAUUACAGAAGAAGGUUUCCACAAUGAAGGGGACAAAAGGAAUUGAUAAAGGUCCAAUUGUUCCCUAUAGUUUUAAUGUCUCAGAGGAUGCAAAUGUAGCCAUUCAUCUUGAACUAAGCCAACCACAACUGCAAAAAGAGGGGGGGCAAGCUGCAACACCAACGCUCGGCAGGCUUCAAUUGCAUUGAGAAGAUGAUGCACAAAUCAGAGGUGGUUCCUUGUGAUCCUUCAUUAGUGUAAUUAUAACGGUUACAACAGCAUGCUACUAAUGAUAACCCAUGAUGUACAAUGAAGAGAACGAUAUACUCACAACAGUCAUUCAUAAAUGGUGUGAAACAAUCAGACUAGCCAAUAAUUAUUGUAAAGCUAUGUGAUGGGAAUUGCAACGGAUUUCAAAUCUACA